UUUCAUUCACUUCUGCCGUUAACGUUCCCCCAGUCUUGUCUACCCUAAUCACCAUGGAGCAGAGAUCCAAAAUACCCCCGGGUCUCCCUAGGGAGAAUCCCACAAAAUCAUACUGGCAAGAUCCACCUUCAGAUAUAGCAGACUGCCGCACGACUCCUGACCUGCCCACUCACGCCGACGUGGUCAUAAUCGGCUCUGGGCUCAGCGGCGCCAGCAUAUCCUACAACUUGCUAUCCUCAGAGCCGAAUCUGAGAGUCGUCAUGCUUGAAGCCCGCCAGGCCGCAAGCGGCGCAAGUGGCCGGAACGGCGGACACACCAAACCGGCGACCUACCGCUCAUUCAGCGACAACGUGCAUUCUGUGGGCGCCGAGGACGCCAUGAAAAUCACACGACUAGAACAAACCACCAUGGAAGCCGUCCACGCAUUCGCCCACAAACACCAAAUCGACUGCGACUCGCACCGCUGCCAAACCGUCGACGUGUUCUACGACCUGGAACAGUUACAGGCAGCGCGAGAAUCCGUGGCCUUGAUGGAGAAACUCAUGGAUCCCCAGAACUGUCCUAAGCACAUCUUUCACGACGGAAAAACAACAGCCGAACGGUUCCUGGCCCAAGACAGCAUGGGCGCAGUGGAAUACGAAUCCGGCAGCCUGAACGCGUACAAAUUCACCAUUGGUAUACUAAAGCUCGCUCUGCAAAAGGGUCUCAAUCUACAAUGCAACACUCCUGCAAUUCGAAUCAGCAAAUCUGACACAACCAACCCAAACGCGUCAUCAGUUCUGUGGACCAUCUCGACUGCGUCUCGCGGCACAAUCACCACUCCCAAACUAGUCCUCGCCACAAACGCCUAUUCGGCCCACCUAUACCCGCCGCUCCAAGGCGUGGUCGUACCUCUGCGAGGCGUGGUCACCGCCCAACGACCGGGCCUAUCGAUAUCCCAGCGCAGUUGCGGUCGUGGUCGUCUGGACACCACAUAUUCAUUUGUCCAUGAAGGUGACUUUGAAUACAUGAUUACUCGACCGUCGCGAGACCAAACUGACAUAAACUCAAACUUUGACAUCGUCAUCGGAGGCGGCAUGCACGUUGCUCCCCGGGGAGGGCUCGACGAGUACGGAAAUACAGACGACACCACGUACGACAAGGCCUCAGCGGAGUAUUUGCUCCAGUGUACGAAGAACAAGUACUUCAAUAACAUUUGGGGCCCAGACAAUUCCGACGGCCAGUGUCGGAGCGUCUGGAGUGGCAUUAUGGCAUUCUCGGCUGAUGGGUAUCCCUUUGUUGGUCCCGUUCCAGGCGAACAGGGCUUAUUUCUGCAUGUUUCGUUCCAAGGCCAUGGGAUGGUGCUUUGCUUUUCCUGUGCCAGGGCAGCGGCGAGUAUGAUUUUGGAUAGCGGUAAAAAUGGAGAGCAAGACGAAGCUGUCGACAGCAGCAAACACAGCAUGAGUAGUUUAGAUAGCUGGUUCCCGAAUUGUUAUCGAGUCACGAGUGAAAGAUUGAGUCGCAAAUUUACAGAUGAUCACCUUCCUUGAAACAAACAUCGAACCCGCCGUGUGGCCAUGAGGGCGAGGAAGGUCGGAUCAAGUUCAGGAAGAAGAGGCUGCGAAAAGGGGGUAGGUGGCGUGGUCGGACGAUAUAGACGUAUGGACAUGGAAUAGAGGAUUACGUACAGAUGGAUAGAUGGCUCGUCCAAGUCUCGAGAGAAGGCGAUGCAACACGCUAUAUUUCAAAGAAUUAGAGGUCGGGUCGAUGCAACGGGAAAUUUUGGGAUUCUCGUAUCUCCAGUCACCAGGAGCGAAUCAAUGAGAACGAUUUCAGCAAACAGACUUCAAAACGAACAUUGUUCGGAAAGAUAUGUUGUGUUUGGAAAAGAUACCUUAUGCUCUCGCAUCCUAUCAUCAAGAAGAUCAAGUCGACCAGUCCUACGCAUUCAGACUCAGAUUACCCAACGCCGGAGCAACGCAAUAUUGCGUAUUUUCCCGUAAAAUAACAAAAGCAACGCCGUCUAUUGCCGUUGACGUUAACCUCCCAGUCACUUGUCUUGCUUGUCCCUAGGGACCCUCCAGGAUUGAUUCAGUUUCCAAUGUGCUGCCAUUUUUGAG